AUGUCCCGGACCGUAGUCGGAAUCGAUGUCGGCGGCACGUUUACCGAUAUCGCCGUGCUCCAGGAUGGUCGCCUGACCGUACACAAGCUCCCAUCAACACCCCAGAAUCCCUCCCUCGGCAUUGUGCAAGGAGUCAACGAGGUUGGCAUUACGGCGGAGUCUGCCGACUUCGUUCACGGCUCCACCGUAGCCACGAAUGCACUAUUGGAAGGAAAGGGCGCACGCACAGCGCUGGUGACCACAAUGGGUUUCGAGGACGUGCUCGAAAUCGGUCGCCAGAGCAGAGCCGAGCUUUACAAUCUGGAGCAAGACCGCACUCCCACCCUGGCCCCGUGGGAACUGCGCUUCGGACUGCCCGAACGCGUAGACUACACGGGAGCGAUACUUGAGGACCUUCAGCCAGCGGCCAUCGAAGCGCUGAUGGAACUUGUGGCACAGUCCGGCGCCGAUGCGGUGGCUGUCUCGUUCCUCUUCUCAUUCUUGAACCCAGUCCACGAGGAAAUGGUCAAUUCGGCCCUCAAGAGGCUGGAGCCCAAGCCGUUCAUCUCGCUCUCAUCCCAGGCCGGGUACCCAGACAUCAUCACGCUGGACAUGGGCGGCACAUCUACGGACGUCUCGCUGUGCCCGGGGCGGAUCAAGGAGACCGGCAGCUCCAACGUGGGCGGUCAUCCCAUCAGCGUGCCCAUGAUCGAGAUUCACACUGUUGGGGCCGGCGGGGGCUCCAUCGCACGGGUGUGGAAACGUUCAGCGGGAGCAGACCCUGGGCCCGCCUGCUACGGCCGAGGCGACCAGCUCACUGUGUCGGACGCGAACCUGCUGCUGGGACGACUACGGCCUGACCAUUUCCUGGGCGGACGCCUCACGCUGGACCUGCCACGGGCGCGAGGUCUGAUGACGUCGCUGGCAGGACAGCUUGGUCUGGGCGAGCAGCAGGCUGCGCUGGGCAUCCUGCGAGUGGUCAAUGCCAACAUGGAGCGGGCCAUACGAGCCAUCUCACUGGAACGCGGAUACGAUCCUCGCAACUUCACCUUGGUGCCGUUCGGGGGCGCCGGGCCCGUGCAUGGGUGCGAUCUGGCCCAGGAGUUGGGCAUUCCCCGAGUGCUUAUACCGGCGCGUCCGGGCAUCUUGUCGGCUUUGGGCGUAGCAAUCGCCGACAUAGUAAAGGACUACUCCCGCACAGUAAUGCUGCGGGGCAGAGACUUGAAGCGCACCAGGCUGGAAGAGGAAUUCCACGGGAUGGAGGGACUGGCCCGAGCCGAACUGGAACAGGAAGGACUGCCCGUAGAUCGGAUGGGGGCCCGCCGUUUCCUGGACGUUCGAUAUGUGGGCCAGUCCUUCGAACUGACCGUGGAUUACCCGGCCUCGCGCAGCUCUCGUUCGUCGGACGGGCUGGCCCGGGCCAUAUCGGACAGUUUCUAUCGCGCUCACCUGCAGCGCUUCGGCUACGCAGAUCGGAACGAACCGGUUGAGAUAGUUAACCUGCGGCUCAAGCUCGAUCUGGUGGUGGACAAGCCGGAUCUCCUGCUGGACGCGUCCGCGGGUUCCGGUCUCGCGCGGGCCGAGUUAGAGAGAGUCAACGUGGUUUUCCGUGAGGGAGAGCUGGAGACGCCGCUUUACGACCGAGACCUGCUAUCGUCAGGCGACCGCGUCGUCGGCCCGGCCCUGAUCGUGCAAUUGGACACGACAACCGUAGUCCCGCCCGGCUGGGCGGGCGAGGUCGAUACCUCCGGCAACCUACUGCUGACGAUGGCGUAG